AACUAGCGGUAAAUUGCAGCGUGUGGACCAGCCUUAAUUCGUCGCCUAUCAAGAGAUCGGGAGGAUUUUUUGCCUCUGGUGUGUCGGUAUCGUUGUUCCUUGCUCUUUUUUUUACCUAGUGUCGUGGUUCCUUUUCCGGAUCGAAAGUUUUCGUGGCAUUUGUGGUGUACUUCCUGGCUGUCUCGAGUCCUGUGAGUCAAGUGUCACAACCUGUCCCAGAUAUCAUUUCUCGCCAGCUUCAGUAUAUAUAGUCUACGCCUGAGGACGCCUCGUCAACCCAGCUUCGCGACUGUGAGUGCGGUUGCUUGACGGCAUACCAAUAGUGGUAGCGGCAGCUGGGGAUCGUUUGGUGCGAGCCAAACGAUUGAUAAGCCGAUCGGCAAAGGUCACCACAACAGUGAAGCACACGCAUCUUCCGGCUCCGUCAUCGGUCCCAUCAUCCGUCUCCUGCCGGCCCUCCUCGUCCAACUGCUGCGAGUACGGAGAGCUAGAGAGCUGCGUCGACUGUCCAUCUGCUGGUUGGCUGUGAUCAUCACCGCUUCGAUUGAUUUCGAUAGUAACGCGCCCUAACGUCGAUUCGAUCGUGCGUGUGAGCCGCGCGUGCGUGUGUGUGUGUGUGUCCGUGUCUGUUGUUGCCUUUGUUGGUGAGCGCCGCCAGUGAGCAGGUCCGGGAUCUCGGGAGCGAUGGGUGACGCGAUCAACUUCGGACCGGCGUGGUUGCGCAAGGGUGGUACACCUGCGUACGACACUAAAACCAGUAGCAACAGUACCAGCAGCAGUAGCAGCAACAAUCAUCACGUUAACAGCAACAACAGCGGCAGCGGCAGCAGUAGCAACAGUAGUGGCCAACACUCGAACACGAACAAUAUCAUUACCGUCGCCAACAACAGUGGCGGUGGUGGUGGUGCCGGAUUGCACCACCAGCCACUCCAUUCCCACCACCACCAUAACUCGCAUCCUGGGCUAGCGCAUAGUGGCAGUGGCAGUGCCAUUGGCGGAGGCGGCGGUGGUGGUGCUGGAACAGGAGGCGGAAUGUCUAACAAUUCGGGUGGCGGUGUUGGUGGUGGUGGUUCCGCCGCCGCUAGUGCUGCUGCUGCCGCUGCUGCUGCUGCUAAUAAUAAUGGUACAUCCACUACCCGAUAUGCGCUGGCCGAGUUCCGUUAUGGGCGCGAGGAGAUGCUCGCAUUGUUCGACCUGAAAACGCUCAAGGGACCGGAGAUACUGGUCAACUAUAAGCAUCUGUACGUGGAGAAGGCCCAACCACCCCUCGCGUUGACUCCCUGUCCGGAGGAGGAGCUCGUUGCUGAAUCAGAUUCCAGGCGCAUGUGGCAAACAAGAAGUAUUUCGACGGGAAUACCGAGCCGCGGUGCUGGUCGCGGUGUUUCGGUCGAUCGAGGUCGAGGCCGUGGACGGGGCGUCUACACGAGCUAUACCCGUUCAACCUCUUUCUACGAUGAUGAGUCCAGAGGUGUAGGAAGAGGUGAACGACCGUGGCUGGAGCGGAACGGUGUAACCGGUGGCACCGGCACGUUGGGUGGCGGCGGAGGUAUAGGUGAUGUGGAGUGGAACAGCACGUCGUCCAGCCCGAGAAAGGACUUUGGUUCCCGGAUCCGUUCGACGGGCGGUGGGGCGUCCGGUACGAUGGAAAGUUGGCGUCGUUCGCGCACCGACGAUGAUACGGGCACGGGCAGCAACGGGGGGAUUGCUGGUGGUGAUUGGCGCUCCGGUGGUGGUGCUGGUGGUGGUGCCGGCGGCGGCGGCGGCGGCCUCAGUGGCAGUCGCGAAAAGUGGACCCGUUCGACGAGCUGGCGCGAUGAGGACGGGAAUUCGCACCACGGACUGAACAGUAGCAGCAGCGAGCGGAUGAUCUCGGUACCACCGUACAAAUCGCGCCUUACCUCUUCCACUGGCCACGGUAACACGGAGCUACACAAUAGCUCGUCCGGUGGCAGCAUUAAUAGCCACUCGCUCCAUGGAAUGGACAAACGCCGUCAGCACUAUGACGCGGACGAGUUGCCCGAAUGGGCAACCGAAAACCCAUGCGACUUCGGUGGAAGCUUCGAUGCGACCGGUGCGUUCCACGAUUCCGAUAAUGAUGAGAGAGAAGGGGGAGCUGCUGGACACGGCGGCGGCGGCGGCGGCGGCGGCGGCGGCAGUGGUGGUCGUACGUACGACGACGCUGAUGAUGCGAACGGUCGAUCGUCCUAUCAUUCAGCAAGUUCGAAAGCUGUCGAUCGUUCAAAACCGACAACGGUGACGGGCAGACGUGCUGGUAAUGCUGCUGCGGCAUCGGGUGAAGAUGGACCGGCUGAAGAUUCGUCGGCAUCCGCUGCCUCCUCGUUGUCCUCUUCUUCCGGUGGAGGAGGAGUCGAAGGAGUAGUAAAGCGUGGUGGUGGUGUUGGAGCGAGAGAUGACACCAACCAUUCUGCGAAUCACGUCGGUGUCGAAGAGGAAACAAAUUCGAGUAAUUUGAGCCCUGGUGAAACCGGAACAGAUGCCG